AUGCAACACAUUUUCCACCUGGAAGCUGCUGGUCUGCCCCUGAACCUUAGGAGUACCCCCCACCCUUUCUUUCCACGACCCCCGCCUCAGCCACAGCAGCAGACUUCUGAAAGGACAAUCCUGUGUUGUGAGCUGAGGCGUGUCGGAGGAAAGCUCAGGACCCUCGCUGUGCACAGAAAAGUGAUUGUGAUGGAGUGGCGUGAGCAGUCCUCCGUCAGCUGUGAAGAAGCCUACACGGAGGCGCAGAGGUGGAUAGAGGCAGUAACCAAGAAAAAAUUUGGGAGCAGCGACUUCCGAUCGGCGCUUGAAAACGGCGUGCUGCUGUGUGAUCUGAUCAACAGCAUCAAACCAGGGACCAUCAGGCGAGUUAACAGGCUGCCCACACCCAUUGCUGGACUGGACAACCUGAACGUCUUCCUCAGGGCCUGUGGCAAGCUUGGACUAAAAGAAGCACAGCUCUUUCAUCCCGGGGAUCUCCAAGACCUGUCAACAAGAGUGACUGUCAAAGCCGAGGAGACCAACCGGAGACUUAAAAAUGUGUUGAUUACUAUUUACUGGCUUGGAAGAAGGGCUCAGUGUGACCUUGUAUAUGAUGGACCUUACCUAAACUUAAAAGCCUUUGAGGGAUUGUUGGGCACGGCACUGUACAAGGCUCUGCAAGAGUCAUCGUCCAGUCUACAAAAAGACAACAGCAUUUUGCGAGACAGUGGUUUUGGAGAGAGCUGGUACUCAGAACAAGACCUCCACUUUGGGAGCGGAGGAGGGGGGCACCGGAGAGACGACUCCCUGGACAGUUUGGACUCACUGGGAUCUCGACCACACAGCAUUUCAUCGGACAUCAAAGGCAGCAGUGAAGGAUUUUGCAGUGACACUGAGCCAGAGCCUGUCUUCAGGAUGGCUGACAAGGAUAACUUGAGUUAUCGCCGGUCAGCUGUGAUUGCGCCUAAGACAGCUACACAGUUUAACCAGUUCCUGCCCUCCAAAGACAAAGCUCCAGCCUAUGUGCCAGCUCCUCUAAGGAAAAAGCGAGCAGAGCGCAAUGAGGACAGUCGACGCAGCUGGACUAGUCCCUACACAGAAGAGGACAUCCCUCUCACCAGUAGAGUGUCCCCGGUGCCUGCAGCAGGGCAGCUGUGGACCUAUGACGACAGUGGAAGUGACUCUGAUCUGGACCGCCCUGACCCUGACCUGGUCCUGGACGAUCUGGCCAGCAGACGUUUCCACAGCCCCACCCCCUCCACUCCCACAAACUUUGCCAUGCCCCUGAGCCCUCUGGCAGGCACUAAGUCACCUGAGGCAAGGCAUGGACCAUGGCCACAAGUCAAUCUGAAUCCUGGCUUUAUCCCACAGCAGAGUGUGGUUUGUCUCAGCAGAACUGGUGACAGUGAGUGUGGAGAUAAUCCCUCGCCCCAGCGCUCCGCAAGGGUGGACCACAGCACGGGCGUGUCAUCUCAUAGUCUAUUCAGGGAUGUCUACAUCGACUCAGAGGACUCGGAUGAUGAGGUGGGCUAUGCUGACCCUGUCCAAGAUGAUCUGUACGCCAGAAAGUUGGGUACCAAGCCCCAGGCUCCUGCUAUGUCUCACGACAAAUUCCUACCCAAAUUUUGGACACCUGAAGAGGACGUUCAUAUUCAGAAAAUCAAACUGGGCUCACAGAAACGACCCUGGUACAAGAAGAUGCAAGGCCUCAGCUACAAGAAAUCAGGCUCGUCUUCGGAUGAUUCAGACUGCGACGUCAGUCCAUGGGUCUCUGGACGCACUUCGUCUGGUCCUUCUCAGUCCGUUUCAAAUAGGCCCUCUGCAGCUCCCACCACCCUUGUUGUGGGGAAAAGUUCUUAUAUUGAACCCAACUCCCCACCACUGCAACUCCCAAUCAUACUGCCCCCUGUGUUAGUGCACCCUCCGUUAGUGUUUGCCCCUGUGGACCCCACCUCAGGCCCCAAGUUGGUGAAAUGUGAAAAGUUUCCCCUCUAUGGUCGCCCCCCAGACCCUCCUGAAAUCCUGGAUUAUGACAGUUUAUGCCCUGACUUGGAGAAUGAUGACAUGUUUGCCAGAAGGACCCUUGCCUUUCAGUCCAACACAGACCUGGCAAUGAUGAAAUUGCCCAUUAGGUCUAUACGUUACUCAUCAGAACCUCAGCUCAAUAUCAUUACUCAAAAACAUGAGCACAGCACCGAAGAGGAGGAGGAGAUCUUCCCGGACAUAGAAGAAGAUGAUGUGGUUUAUCGAUUCCCGUAUAAUUUAUCUACCCUGUUUGUGGUUCUUUCUUCAUUUUAUAGACAGCUCCCAAGACAGGACAGUCUCGAAGGGAGCAAAUCUACAAAUGAUAUUGACAUGGACCAGGGCGCCGCAAGACAGAUCCGCUAUGAGGAGCUUCAGAAGUUUCGGGAGCAGAUCAAGCACAGUGAUGAUAGGUGGCAAGAUGAUCUGAGCAAAUGGAAAUCCAAACGCAAAAGUGUCAACUUUGAUAUAGUGAAGAAAAAAGAGGAGCGGGAGAAGAUAGAGGAGAUAACGUUCAGCAGCAGCAAGAAGUCAAAGACCUUCAAGGAGAUGCAAGAGGAGAGAGAGAGCAAGAGGCAGAGCUUAGGCAGCAGACUGGGAUCAUUAUCCUACAUGGAUGACGAAGACGUGUUUGAAAAACCUGAUGCCGCCCCACGUGCCCCUUACAGCAGGAGCCACACUAUUGACACUCCGCUCUACUCCUCUUCUUCAUACCGCGAGUCUACGUUGAAAGAGGAUGAUCCGCCUCCAGCUUCCACCGCGACUGGCAGAGCAGCUUCUCCUGUGCCCGCAAGAGAAUCAGUGAACGUCCAAACUACGUCUCUCACUUCUACAAGCUACACCUCCCACCAGCGUUCCCCUUCUCCCCCGGCUGCACCCAACCGUCGCCUUCAAACCAGCACAGCAGAAACGGUGACCACGACCUCCUCCUUUCUAAACUCUGCGCCGAAGGUGCAGGAGCCAAAGAGCCCAUUGUUACCUCCCCAAACUGAGGUGCCCUCUGUUGAAUCCCCGUUCAAACGGCCACAGCAGCAGAUCCCAAUGGAAUCCAAGCCUCCAGUAGUGUCUCGAGUUUCCGCCUCCCUGCCCAGGACCUAUCAGAGGUCGGAUAGCGCCCGGCUCACCUCAGUCGUUGCACCAAGACCAUUUGGAACCCAGGCGACCCGCGUAUCCUCACUCUCUCGAGCCAAUACAACGGAUGACUCUAAGAAACCUGUGAACGGUGACACCUCUAAGAGAGCGUCCGUGCCGAGCCGUUAUCACCAGUUCAUGACUGCUGAGGAUGAAGCAGAGUCCAGCUCCGCCCAGAGCAGCGAAGACGAGGCCAGCGCAGAGAAGAGCGCCACCUCUGAGGAAAUGAAGAGUGAAACCGCAGUCAGCCCUGCUCCAGUUAAAGACAGCAGCCAGGAGAGCUUCUGUGAGACGAGGAUAAGCCUGAACCAGAAACCCAACAGUAGCAGAGACUUCGGCUUCCAGGCAGAUUGGGACUCUACUGGAGCACGUGUCACGUCCAUCGUCAAAGGAAGCCCCGCUGAAAUGUGCCAGCUUCAGCCCGGGGACGAGGUGCUGACGGUGAACGGCCAGAAGGUGGCAGGCAUGAGCUACACGUCCUGGAAGAGCCACAUGGAGGAGGCUUUGCAGGAGGGCAGUCUGGUCAUGGAUAUAAGGCGUCAUGGCAAGAACAGUACCCCUGAGACUAAGACAAUCAACUCCAGUUUGGAUUUCACGUCACAUAUUUCCACCAAAACAGAGCCACUCAAAGAGGCCUUCACGCACCAAGUUGUUGACGUGGCCUCCAACGGACUUAACGGCAGUCUCCGUGACGAACGCGUGACCAUGAGGAACAAAGAGUCAGAACCUAUAGCUUUGAAAAACUUAAAACGAAGAUCUGAGUUUUUUGAACAAGGAGGAUCAGAGCCUGUGAUGCCAGAUAUCCCUGUUCCUCCGAUAACUCCGUCCUCCAGCAGCCGGUGGUCCUGGGACCCAGAGGAGGAGAGAAAAAGACAAGAAAAAUGGCAAAAAGAGCAAGAGCGCCUCCUACAGGAGAAAUAUAAACGUGAUCAAGAAAAACUGCAGGAGGAGUGGGUCAAAGCUCAAGAGGAGAUAACAAGCACUCAAAGCCAGCAGGAGAGCCUGGACGUGAACAACCGGCGCCCGGGCCCACACUCCCCCUUGUCUCCCGUCAGCCAACCCCUCACCUCUCUGUGGGAGGAGCAGGAGAAGAUGAGGAAGGAAGAACUGGAGCGACGGAAGCAAGCAGAGGAACGAGAGCUUCAGCGUCUAAGAGAGGAGCGACUGAAGAGAGAGCAGCGAGAAGAGGAGGAGAGAAAGAGGAGAGAGGAGGAGGAGGAGAGGAGGAGAGAGGAAGAGGCCAGGAGAAGGAGAGAGGAGGCAGAAAGGAAGAGAGAGGAAGAGGAGAGGAGGAGGAGAGAGGAGGCAGAGAGGAUGAGAGAGGAAGAGGAGAGGAGGAGAAGAGAGGAGGCAGAAGAGGCGCAGAAACGGAUAGAGAAGGAAGAGAAGGAGAGGAGGAGGAGAGGUGAAGAGGAGAGGAGGAGUAGGGCAGAGGAAGCAGUAGAACAACAACGCCGGGAGAGGGAAAGAGCCCUGGAGAUGCAGAAGCAGCAGCAGCAGCAUCAGCAGUGGGCUGGUGGCUUCCAUGCCGAGCCCAGACCGACCUUUUCAGACAGCAGGACAAGGUCAAAAUCAUCUCCUCAGCUUGAUGAAGAAGACCGAGCUCGGCAGAGAGGUGUGUCUGUGCAGCCAGGGGGCAUGGCUCACUGGCUGCUGCAGGAGCGGGCGAGCGAGCGCUAUAAACAGGCUCAGAGUCAAAGAGCAGCAUCAGAGCUGGAGACGCAGAGGAGGAACAUUCUGAAUGUUAUGAAAUACAGACAGCCUGAGAGAGUGAUGGGGACUACGGCGUCUCAGAGGGCUCAGCAGGCCGAGUCUCAGGCCGAGAUGGAUCGACAGCAGAUCCUCAAAGAGAUGAAGAAGAAGACGUCUCUGUUGACUGACAACAGCUGGAUCCGACAGCGCUCCUCCACCACCAGCGGCGUAGAGGGCGAGGGCCCGUCAAUGCGCAGAGGUGAUUCUCUCAACAACCUGGAUACCAACAACUACAACUCGUGGCGUUCAUCUUGGACUCCCAGGACCAACUCUCAAAUCCCUAAUUACUCACGGCCUCAGUCUGCCAUGUCGGGUAGCAUUUCCUCAUAUGGUGGCUGGUCAGGGGGUCUUCCUCGCUCCUCCACUUUACCCUCUUCAUCCUCUUCAAGCUCCCUGCGAGGUGGGAUAGGAGCCUCAGCCCCCUGGUCUCAACAGACACCCUCCCCCUCACUGUCCCCAACACCCACCACGUCCCCAGAGCCGCUGCCUGACUCCCAGCAGAGUAACAGGUCAGUGAGUGGCAAGAAAAUCUGUACAUACUGUGACAGUCCGCUGGGGAAGGGCGCCGCCAUGAUCAUCGAGAGCCUGGGCCUUUGUUAUCAUUUGACCUGUUUUAAGUGUUUCGAUUGUGGGUCGGACCUCGGGGGGUCAGAAGCUGGCGCGGAGGUCAGAAUACGAAAUAAACACUUGUACUGCAACACCUGCUACGUGCGAUGCAAAACUAACCAGCCCACCGCCAUGUGA